AUGGAAAUUUUGCGGAAGACGCUGACUUGUAUAUUGAUAUUGGGCCUGGUGGUGGUCAUGGCUUCCUCUGAAUUUCAAAGACUUUCGCACAACUCACAAGUGGAGUACCUGUCCUACCUGCAGCACUACCAGCUGACUGUGCCGAUGCAGGUGGACGAGAAUGGGGACUUCCUCAGCUACACUGUGAAACACCACCGGCCCGGUCGCAGGAGACGAACCGCCGACCCAACCAGCACCACCGUCGGCCCAGAGUCAACCGACCACGUCGAACAGGACCCGGCCCAGACCCGAGUCUUCUACAGACUGUCUGCUUACGGAAAGCACUUUCACUUAAACUUGACCCUCAACCCCCAGCUGGUGUCCAAACAUUUCACAGUGGAGUACUGGGGGAGAGAAGGCCUGGAGUGGAGACAUGACAUGGUGGAGAACUGCCACUAUGUAGGAUACCUGCAGGAUCAGUACAGCUCCACCAGAGUAGCACUCAGUAACUGUAAGGGCUUGCACGGUGUUAUUACCACAGAAGAAGAGCAGUAUUUAAUAGAGCCAUUCAAGAAUAUAUCGUCCACCACUUCCAGCCAAUGGGACCAGGGAGAAGGACAGCAGCAUGUUAUUUAUAAAAAGUCUUCCAUUCCCUCGCCACAGCAGCAACCCAACCAACACGAGUUCAGCUGUGGCAUCUCAGACCUCACAAAAAACGCGAGCCCCUGCCAACAUAGCACUCCUUCCCCAACCUCUCCAACCUCCUCUCCCUCGUCCUCUCCCACCCCAGCCCCUGGGUCCAACAGCACCCUGCCCGGGGGGGGCCACAGACAGAGGCGGUCACUCAGCACGGAACGUUUCGUAGAGACCCUGGUGGUAGCUGAUAAGAUGAUGGUUGGUUACCAUGGCCGCAAAGACAUCGAGCAUUACAUCCUGUCUGUGAUGAAUAUUGUUGCCAAACUGUACCGUGAUGCCAGCCUAGGAAACGUUGUGAACAUUAUAGUAACCCGCCUGAUCGUACUGACUGAAGACCAGAAUGUUCAGGGUGUGGAUGUGUUCAGAAGGUUCAGGGUUGUGGAUGUGUUCAGAAUGUUCAGGGUUGUGGAUGUGUUCAGAAUGUUCAGGGUUGUGGAUGUGUUCAGAAGGUUCUGGGUUGUGUUCAGACUGUUCAGAGUUGUGGAUGUGUUCAGAAUGUUCAGGGUUGUGGAUGUGUUCAGACUGUUCAGGGUUGUGGAUGUGUUCAGAAUGUUCUGGGUUGUGGAUGUGUUCAGAAGGUUCUGGGUUGUGUUCAGACUGUUCAGGGUUGUGGAUGUGUUCAGAAUGUUCUGGGUUGUGGAUGUGUUCAGAAGGUUCUGGGUUGUGUUCAGACUGUUCAGAGUUGUGGAUGUGUUCAGAAUGUUCUGGGUUGUGGAUGUGUUCAGACUGUUCAGGGUUGUGGAUGUGUUCAGAAGGUUCUGGGUUGUGUUCAGACUGUUCAGGGUUGUGGAUGUGUUCAGAAGGUUCUGGGUUGUGGAUGUGUUCAGACUGUUCUGGGUUGUGAGUGUGUUCAGACUGUUCAGGGUUGUGGAUGUGUUCAGAAUGUUCAGGGUUGUGGAUGUGUUCAGACUGUUCAGGGUUGUGGAUGUGUUCAGACUGUUCAGGGUUGUGGAUGUGUUCAGACUGUUCAGGGUUGUGGAUGUGUUCAGAAGGUUCUGGGUUGUGUUCAGACUGUUCAGAGUUGUGGAUGUGUUCAGACUGUUCAGGGUUGUGGAUGUGUUCAGACUGUUCAGGGUUGUGGAUGUGUUCAGACUGUUCAGGGUUGUGGAUGUGUUCAGAAUGUUCAGGGCAUGUCCAUCGGGAUCCCGGGAUUUCCGGGUGAAGCAGUGUGCCGACUUCGACAGCAUGCCGUUCCGUGGGAAAUACUACAACUGGAAGCCCUACACUGGAGGUGGUGUGAAGCCAUGUGCUCUGAACUGUCUGGCGGAGGGAUAUAACUUCUACACCGAGCGCUCCCCGGCCGUCAUCGAUGGAACACGCUGCCAGGCCGACUCACUGGACAUCUGCAUCAAUGGAGAGUGCAAGCACGUUGGCUGUGACAACAUCCUGGGUUCGGACGCCAAGGAGGACCGCUGUCGGGUGUGUGGAGGGGACGGCAGCACCUGUGAGGCCACAGAGGGACUGUUCAAUGACUCCCUACCCAGAGGAGGUUACAUGGAGGUUGUUCUGAUACCAAGGGGAUCAGUCCACAUAGAAAUCCAAGAAAUUGCCAUGUCCAAGAACUACAUCGCAUUGAAGUCAGAGGGAGAUGACUACUUCAUCAACGGAGCGUGGACCAUCGACUGGCCCAGGAAGUUUGACAUCGCAGGGACAGCGUUCCACUACAAGAGACCACUUGACGAACCUGAGUCGCUAGAGGCCCUGGGGGCCACCACGGACAACCUAGUCGUCAUGGUUCUUCUCCAGGAGCAGAACAUGGGGAUCCGUUAUAAGUUCAACGUUCCCAUCCAGAGAACAGGAAGUGGGGACAAUGAGGUGGGCUUCUCCUGGCACCAUCUGGCCUGGUCCGACUGCUCCGCCACCUGUGCUGGAGGUUCUCAGAAGCAGGAAGUGCUGUGUAAGCGUCUGGAUGAUAACUCGGUGGUGCAGAACAGCUACUGUGACCCAGACAACAAACCUCCGGAGAACCAGAGGUCCUGCAACACUGAACCGUGCCCCCCGGAGUGGUUUAUCGGGGACUGGUCGGACUGUGGGAAGACGUGUGACGGCGGGAUGCGGACUCGGACGGUUCUGUGCAUCAGGAAGAUGGGGCCUGCCGAGGAGGAGACCCUGGAGGACAGCCACUGUCUGACGCACCGACCAAUAGAACGAGAGGCCUGCAACAACCAGUCCUGCCCCCCUCGGUGGGUCACUCUGGAUUGGUCAGAGUGUACGCCCAAAUGUGGCCCUGGGUUCAAGCACCGCAUUGUGCUGUGUAAGAGCAACGACCUGACCAAGACCUUCCCCCCCGCCCACUGUCCCUCCCACAAUAAGCCCCCCGUCAGGAUCCGCUGUAGUCUGGGACGCUGUCCGCCACCUAGAUGGAUCCCAGGGGAAUGGGGACAGUGCUCAGCGCAGUGUGGGCUGGGCCAGCAGAUGCGGACGGUGCAGUGUCUCUCCUACACGGGCCAGCCCUCCAGUGACUGUACCGAGGGCCUCAGACCCACUGCCAUGCAGCAGUGUGAGAGCAAGUGUGACGCCAUGCCCAUCGCCAACGGUGACGAAUGCAAAGACGUAAACAAAGUGGCAUAUUGCCCACUGGUGCUGAAGUUCAAGUUCUGUGGCCGUGCGUACUUCAGACAGAUGUGCUGCAAGACGUGCCAAGGACGCUGACCCACUGAGAGAGAGAACGAGAGGAAGACAGAGAGGAAGAGAAGGAGCUGGAGGGGAACGAGAGAGACAGACAACGGGAAGAGUGAAAGAAACGCAAGACCAGUAGAAGAGGAGGAGGAACGAGGAUUAGGAGACACUGGGACGAGAGAAGAAAAUAGGGAUUUUGCCCGUUUGUUACACCUGCUACCCCCUCAAACUCCCCCCCCCCACACCCCAUCAUCACCGUGGAAACCUAACCACUGCUCAGCAGACACGCUGACACAGACGUUUAUUGCUGUCACUUCUGUGAAGUGGGAACCUUAGAGGACUACUGUUACUGAUGUUAUUUUUAUUAUAAUAAUAAUAAUUAAUAUUAUUUUUAUUAUUUCAUUGUCGUCUGAUUGUUGUCGUUGUUCGUUGUUGUUGUUGUUUGAAUCCAACGUGCUGGACACAUCACACAUAGAGCAGAAGCACCGCAGGGAUGUAGGGAGUAGCCACUGGAAGGAGAGGAAAGGAGAGGAGGAAGGAGUGUAGCUUAGAAAUGGAGGUGGGCGUCGUAAUGGUGCUAUACGGACAGACAGACAGACUGUUGCUCCGGUGCACUAGCGUGCGUGAAUAUCCCAUAAAUUACACCUAGACACUCCCACAUCACCAAACCCAUCAGUACUGUAAUGAACUCCUGUUCAAGACGCCAUCGCCCGUGGUGUCCUUCAAGCGUUUUGUGUUAAAUCUGUCUGUGACUAUGCCACGUGUUGUCAGUGGAGUCCUGGGGGGCGAUGAGAUGACAGAGUGCAUGUUUCUAAAAAUGUUCUGUGCUGGAACCAGAAAACGAGGUGCUUUGUCUGGAGUUAUUGCUACUUCCGUGUUAUCAGAGGAGCUGAACACAAGGUCAGGGGGUGCUACGGUCAGAUCAUUCUUUUGUUGUAUGUCUGCGUCUCUCCUUUUCUGUUCUCGAAAGGAGGGGUGCCUUCGUCUCAAACAACACUCACGUUGUGCCAGAACCUUUAAGAAGGAGGCCCAUUGUUGAUGCAAAAUAAUGGAUUUGUGAAAAGUCCCUAAUAUUGCAAACCGCACCGUUUGUCAUUGAAGUAAGUACUGAACUGGCUUUGAAGUACCUUAUCGUUAUUAUCAUUAUCGUUAUUAUCAUGUAGUUAUUAUCAUGUAGUGGUUAUACUCCACCUCCAAAUAGCCUCAUCAAAAUGCAUUGGAGAUAGUUACUAUUCGUGAACUAUGCUGUAAUCAAAGCCGGAGGACCUCUGUAUCAGCUCUAUAACAGUGUAUGUGUAGUGCCGAGGUUUCAUCAGCGUGGGAAGAACGCACAGCCUCUUCAGCACUGUGACUGGAGUUAAGUGAAGGGCCAGUACUCGCACACACACACUCGCACACACACGUCCCUCCCAGCAGACCACGACGUGUUGCCAGACCACGCAGAUCCGGUCUGCCUCAGACAGACUACCUCCAGAUACUGUCACCCCCCUCCUCUUUGCUCCCCACCUCCAUUCUUCAAAGAGAGUACAAAAAGCAAAUAACAGAAUAUUAUGCAACACAGUGGUGCUUUUUUUAAAUUCUUUUUUUAAAUUCCGGUGGAAUACUGUUUGUUUCCGUUGCCGCCUCCUCGUUUCCUCUUCCUCUUCAAGUGGGAGGCCUUUCCUGGCUUCACCCUGUCCUCCCCCAGGCUCUUCUCCCUGGCUCUUCUCCCUGGCU